AUGGCCCCGUUUCCCGAGUCCAUAAUAGACGUCGGUUAUCCCCUCUACGGAUGCGACUUCGACCCUCAAGAUCCUAAUCGCCUGUUUGUUGGUGGUGGUGGAGGAGCGACGAAAAGUGGUGUCGGAAACAAGAUCACCCUGCUGGAUGCAUCGUCUCUCGACAAGCUUGAGCCCGCCGGGGAGGUCGAGCUGAGUGGCAACGAGGACAAUGUCGCCAACCUCGUCGCCGGCCAGCGCAAGGGUAAGGCCACACUGCUCUACGCCGGCAUCAACUCGAGUCCGGAUGACCUGAAGAAAGGGAAGAACGAGCACUUCCGAGUGUUCAGCGUGGAGCCGCCCAAGGCCAAGGCCGUGCUCGGGGCCAGGAUCUCCGAGCUCUCGAGGACACAGCUCUUCACGACCGCCGACUCCGACACAUACCAGCGGCUCUUGAGGCUGUCACAGCCCUUCGCCGGCCACCCGCAGCUCGGCGCUGUGGCCACGGGAUUCGCGAAUUCUUCUCACCAAAUCGCCCUCUACGAUGUCGCGGCUGGUAACAAUGUUGCGCCCAAGCCGAGGGGCGUCCUGGAGAUCUCGAAAGAAGCCAUCGAUUUGGACGUGAUACAGACGGCUGAAGACCAAUUUCAAGUGCUGUACUGUGACGACUACGACAUAUACUCGGUCAACGUGCCAAAGACGGGCAAAGUCACGGCCGAGCCAACACGUGUCUACUCCAUCCCCAAUGACGACAGCUCCGGCCUGCGGCCCGCCCUCCGCUGCCUCCGGUACUUGACGCCCCACUUCGCCGUCGGUGUCGCAAACCUGCCCAAGGCCGGUGGUGUGGUGCUCUACGGGUUCCGGCUGCCCAAGGCCGGCAAGGAGGACACGCGCGCCCGUAUCUCGGUCAACGCCAAGCUGCCUAAGCGGCAAGGGCUCAAGGCGACAGGGCUGGCGGUCGCGAACCUCAGCCCCGUCUCUGCCCCCGAGGCGAAGCAAGGCGACGCGCAGUUCGUGCUCGCCGUGACGGGCACCGACCUCGGCAUCCACCUGUACACCCUCGACCACCAGAUCCUCGGCGACAUCGACAUGCUUGCGAACCUGCUCCCGCUGACGACCCUGCGCGCCGUACACUCCGCCAUGGUUACCAGCAUGGCCUUCAGCCGCUUCGCGCCACCCAAGUCCGGGACGGGCCGCAUCCAGCACCUCAGGCUGGCCAGCACGUCCGUGGGCAACGCCGCCGCCGUGCAGAGCAUCCCGCUGCGCAAAUUCAUCGACCCGUCGGCCCCCGUGCGCCGCGGCGGGCCCCCGCGCCAGCCGCGCUACGUCGUCGCCAUGCGCAGCCGCCGUCCCACCGUCUGGGGCCUGGUGGCCGGCAUCACGUGCUUCGUCGUCGUGCUGGCCGUGAUACUACAGGGCAUCCUGGAAGUCAAGGGCCUCGCGCCGCCGGCCGUCGGCGGCCACAGGUGGCUCCCGUCCGCCAUCCACGCCGCCCCGCCCAGGCCCGUGCCACAACACAGCGGCUUCGUCGCCAAGCUGCUCGCCGAGAAGUCGGGCGAUAACAACGGCGGACAGGUCGUCGUGCUGGACGUCGACGGGAAGGAGGUCGAGGUCCUCACCACCACUGCCACAGAAGCAGCAGCCGCCAGCGGCGAACCCGCGGCCACCAGCUGGGAGGACCUCCCGCAUGAGCAGAAGGAGGCUUGGAAGGACCGACUCAGGCGGAGCGGGCACUGGGCCGAGGAGUACGGCGAGACAAUCUUCAAGGGCAUCCUGUUUGGCGAGCUGGCGGGCGUCGUGGGCGGGAUCGUGGCCGGCUAG